AUGCCUUCGAUUUGUAAGUCUCCUAGUUUGAGUAAACCCUUUGAUAAGUCUACAACUAACGAGCCUAAACAACAGCAACAGCAGCAGCAGCAGCAGCAACAGCAGCACGAAUCACUCAAUAGCAAUAACAGUAACUUUAUAAAUAAAAGGAAUUGUAACGAGCUCGAUACAGAAAAAGAGAAUAGUGCAAAGAAAAGGAAGAAAUGGGACACCAAACAUGAGUCACUAGACUCGAUUUCCAAAUUACUUUUCCUAACUACAAAUAAAACUAAUCAUGAUUUUUUACUGGAUUUAGAAUCAGAAGUUGAAGAAGAGUCACGAAGGAGGAGUUUACAAAGUAUAAGUCAAUUGAAGGAUAAUUGCAUUGAUAAUAUACCAGCUCCCUACUCUUGCCAAUUUGAUGGAGCAGGAAAAGACGAAGAAGAAGAAGACGAAGAAGAAGAAGAAGAAGAAGAAGAAGAAGAAGAAGAAGAAGAAGAAGAAGAAGAGGAUGAGGAAGAAGAGCCGAUAGAAAUUGAAUCAGUGGAUUUUACCAAGAUAUUACAUGAUAAUAUUAGAGAGUAUUAUAGAAAGAAAGGUCAGAAUCAGUACAAGGACUCAUUUGCAUUAUUAAACAACAACAACAACAACAACAGUACCAAUCAUCCGGAUGAUUAUACAAAGGAACAACAAUCAAAUCUACAGUCGCAAUCACAUUCUCUGGCUGUACCUUUUUUCAAAAAUGUGAAUUUUGAGAGAUCUAAAGAUUAUUCAAUUGAGGAUUUUGUAAAUUAUGACGAAGAGGAAGAGGAAGAAGAAGAACAGGUGGAAGUGGAAGUGGAAGAAAAGGUAAAUGAAUCCCAAGAAUCAACUACUGUUGUUGUUGCUACAGAAAAUUGUAAAGAAAUGGACGAUGAAGAUCCUCAUUCAAACUCGGUUUCGCCAGUUUCAUCACCCAACACUCUUAAACCAUCUUCAACUUCAGCUUCAUUGUAUGUACCAAACAACAACAGCAGCAGCAACCUAAUAAAACCACACUACUCUCCAUUUUACCGUUAUCAGCAAUUACACCAGCAACAUUUGCGACAACAGCAGCAGCAGUUUAAUUAUUAUCCAAGAAGUCAACUUGAUUGUGGUGUGCAUCAGUUGCAAGAUGAUUAUUAUUUAUCCAAAGCUUUAAAAACACAUUGUUUAUAUACCGGGAAAGCUAGGGAAAUGGUAUCUACCGGUAAUUUCAUGAUAAACGAUUUCUUCUUGUAA